UUUUUUUUUUAAACUCUUUGUUCCUGAAACUCACUCCCAUUUUUGGCUUUACUCCUGGUUUAUAAGAAAAGAGAGAGAAUGAGUCAAGGUAGAGGGUCCACCUGUGUUAUUCAACCUUCCAGGUCUUCUUUAUUCCAUCGUCGUACUAACAGUAACACAAGCAAUAAGAGUAAGCUCAUGCCUUCAACCAUGUUGAAACUCAUGUAUCCAUAGCCAAUGUCAAGCCAAAAAGAAACUUUUUCUCAUUCUUGAUGUGCUGUGCACUCAAGAAGAAAAAGAAACAAAAAGAACCUGUAGUUGAGAAAGAGAUGACGCCUGUUGCACCACCCACACCACCCACACCACUAUUACCUGAAUCUGACUUGGUUGAUCAGGCACUGAAACGACCUUCUUCAAUUGAAGAAAAAGAAUUCUUGACCGAGGAUGAAGACAAGUAUGAACAAGUAACCAAGUCAGAAGAAGCAACAUUGGAUGACUCUAAUGUUACUUUCCUUCUCAACCCUAUUGAAAAAGAACACCGUGGACGUAAAUGCCUUGUAUUAGACCUUGAUGAAACGUUAAUUCAUAGUUCAUUUAAAACGGUUGCUGAAGCCGAUUUUAUUGUUCCUGUAGAGAUUGAUGGUCAUUAUCAUAAUGUAUUUGUCCUGAAAAGACCUGGUGUAGAUGACUUUAUGCGCAAAAUGGGUGAAUUGUACGAGAUUGUGAUCUUUACAGCCAGUCUUUCUAAAUAUGCAGAUCCAGUCUUGGACAAGUUUGAUUUACACCAUGUUAUCCACCAUCGUUUGUUUAGAGAAUCUUGUCACCCAUACAAAGGCACUUUUAUCAAAGAUUUGUCAAGAUUAGGCCGUGAUUUAAAGCAUGUCAUCAUUCUCGAUAAUACACCCACAAGCUAUAGUUUCCAUCCUUCCAAUGCUGUGCCUGUCUCUACCUGGUUUAAUGAUCAGCAUGAUUCUGAACUUAUUGACUUGAUUCCUUUUCUUCAAGACCUAUCCAAAGUAGAUGAUGUCGUUGAAGUCCUCAACACCUCAUUCUAAUCUGCACUGUAUUUUAUAUUCAUUCAUCUCAUUUUACAUAAUAAACCCAU